AUGGCAGGUGUUGUUGGACCGGCGGCCGACGGGUCCGCGCUCCUCCUCGUCGACGUGGGCAGCCUCCGUGGGCAUGAGCUGCAGAAGGAGGUCAGCCUCCUCCUCCUGCCGCAGGUCGACUGGUCCGCGGACUUUGCCGCGACCUUCGACGCCGCCAAGGACCUCCUCGUCGCGCCGCUCCAAUUCAUCUUGGGCAACGUCCCCGUCCCGGCCGACCGGACGCUGCUCCAGAAGGGCUCCAUCUCUGUGCGGUCGGAGGCCAGCGCGUCGCCGUCGACCGUACCGGUCAUCCCGGCCAUCCAGCAGCAGAUCAUCGAGAUGGCCGACGAGUUGCACCUCUCGGAGAUGUCGUGCUUGAAGUACUGGAUCCUCGCGAGCGACCCAGACAACCGCGCGCUUGUGACGCACCGCAACCGUCUUCCGCCGGCGCUCCUGCGUGACAAUGUGCCCCGCGCCGCGCGCGAGUUUCUUUUGACCGAGACCAACGCCGUCUUGACCGCGCUCUUUGAGCUCCUCCGCGCCCGUCUCGAGCCGACGAUUUCGGCGCAAAAGAAGGAUGCGAUCCUCGACUAUACGAACCGCCUCUUGCAGCAGGACCUGCUCGGCCACCUCUGUCGCGCGCUCACCGACGACAUCCCGACGCUUCUCAAGAACAAGACGAUGCAUGCCAUGGCCAUGGUGUGGCAAAAGACGAUCGCCGAAUGCAUUUUCCUCAUUGCGUCCAGCACGCCCGUGCUGCCGUCCGAGCUCAAGGCGCUCGUGUCGCUCUGCCUCGCCAUUGGAUCGCGCGUUCAGAAGACGAGUGCGAGCGUCACGACGGCGCUCCAAGGCGCGCUGGGUCUCUCAACCGAGGAGAGUCCGUACGACGUCAAGGAGGUCGCUUGCCAGUUGCACUCGCUCAGCUAUGCGCACGCAGCGCUCGCGUCGACGCUGCAGACGUCGUCGGUCCGCGUGCACCGGUCGUCCAGCGAGGCCGUGAGUCCGUCGUUAGCGUGGACGUCGGAUGUGGGCGUCGCCACCGAGGUGCUGCAGCUGCUCAAGGCACCCUCGACAUGCAAGUUUCACGGUGUGCUCUUCCUUCUCGGCGCCGUCGGCUUUGCGCAGCACCAGGCCAAGCUCAGCUUUGUCACAGAGAGCGACAUUACGCUCUUGCACGACGCCGGGCUCAAGCACAACGGGAUGAUGCUGCUUGUGCAGCUACUCUUCCCGUUCGCCCCCGAAGGAUCGACGCUCCUUGCCAUGUACGAAGGCGCGUUUGAAGACUUUUUCUCGGCCUACGUGAGCCUCCUCUUUCCCGCGCACAAGAACGGCUCGCUGCUGCCGACGACGACGGCGACGGCGGCGCACCCGAUUCUGAACGCGGCGGUCUCGACCCCCGAUACGCUCACGCAGCUGCUCGAGCUCGGCAUUGCGCUGAGCCAGCUGCACCCGACGUUUGCGAGCACGUUCUGGAGCGCGCACCAGCCGUUUUUAACGGCGUCGGCGACCCUGUCGCAGUCGACGAAUGCGUCGCGUCUCGCCUACAUGAAGCUCCUCUCGUCGUGUGCCCCGGGGUGCCCGGAGCUCGCGUACAAACACAUCAAGGAGAGCCCGCCGCCGGUGACGUGGAAGCACUUUUUUGCCGCCAUUGACAACUACCGGCGCGUGCUCUCGCAUGAACCGACGCUGGCGGGGUCGGCGCCGAGCACGACGACGACGGCCGUGGGCCACCGCUUCCAGGUGUCCGAGGUCCAGGCGCUGGACGCGAUGCUGCAGAUUUUCCAGUCGGUGCUCGGGAACCGUGCGAUCGUCCACUUCUUCCUCGACUGGCCCGACAACAACGUGCUCUUGCUCUUUCUGAGCUUUUUGCGCUGCUCGAUCCCGUCGUCGCUCAAGGGCGCGGUGAUGCAGACGCUGUCGCGUUUUGUGAUUUCGGCGCCGCUCGCGCAGCUCCUUUGGCAGCACCUCGAGGCCGCGCAGAUCCUCACGACGACAUCGAGUGCGGCCACCACGGGGAUUCAGUUUGAGCUGGAGCAGAUCGAGUCGAUGCAGCGCACGUACCCGGCAACGAACGGCUUUGUGGCGCUCCUCCGGCCGCUCUUUGAGUUUGAGUUUCCGGACGAAUGCGGGUCCAGCUACCGCGUGAGCGGGAACCGCCCGUACUUUGACUUUGUCAUUGAGCACGUGUUUCUCAAAAUGGCCACGCGCGAGUUUGACAACGCGCUCGACAAGUGGACGCUCCUCGAGAACGUGCUCGGCCUCUUCCACGACGUGCUCCAGCGCUACGACCCGGCGCCGGCGGAUUUUGUCGACGAGUACGUCGUCUUGAACACGACGAACGGCUCGACGCAUGUGCUCAAGCCCAAGGCCAGCGGCUUCCACUUGCUCUCCAAGCUUCUCACGGACAGCAACGUUUUGCGCAUGUUGCUUUCGCUGCUUCCGUCGGUCGACGAGCUCGAGAGCGCGUACGAAGCCCAGCACACGGCGUACACGAGCGACCUCUGCCUCCAGCUCGUGCAGCCCGAAGACCACGUGCGCCCGUGGAACGCGCUCUCGAAGCGCCAGGACUGCGUCGUGCUCAUCUUGGACAUGCUCUUGCUGGCCAUGCACAAGGAAGAGCGUUUUCUGAUGCUUUUGCGCGAGAGCCGCCUUCAGGACCGCGCCGCCGAGCCGCUCGCCAACCUCCUCUCGCGGUCGCCGACUCACAUUGUCAAGGUGUGCAAGUACCUCCGAUACCCGCACGCGCCGAUUGCGACGCUUGCCGUGCAGCUCCUCUCGCUGCUGAGCAGCAACAUUCCGUCGCCGUCGCGCCUCGUCGAGAUCUUUGUGGACGCCGGCGUCGACGGUGCGAUGAUCGACGGCGUCGUGGCGUCGCUCAUGGAUCCGGCGUCGUCGCUCAAGACGCCGCUCCUCGCUCUGCUCUUGGCCAACGUGCAAAAACCGAUGCCGAAUCUCGCGACCUUUCUCCUGGGGUGGCCGACGCCAUCGCUCAUGACGACGGCCCACGGCGCGAAUGCCCUCGAUGCGAUUCUGCUCUUCCUCGACAAUGCGAGUUUGAUUACGGCGGCGCCGACACUCGCCGAACAGUGCUACCGCCUUGUGCACGUGCUCUUGUCGUCGGCGACGACGCUGCCACUGACGCUCCAGCGCCUCGGUCGCCCGACGCUCAACUGCUUCCUCUUUCGCCAAGCCCAGGAGAUGCUGCCGCACCUCGUCGCGGCGCACCGGGACCAAUUGGCGCUCGUGCAGUGCCGCCGCUGGCUCCUCGAAAGCCUCGCGCUUUGGCUCUUCCAUGCCAAGUGCACCGAAGUCGCCUCGUGGCUCUGGACGCCGUCGGCACCGCUGCUCGGUCUUUUGAACGCGACGCCGUUUGCGUUGGCGCCGCCGAGUCGCCCGUCCGAUGCCCACAGCCUCGGUCUUGCUGAGCAGUGUACGCUCGAGAAGGACGGGCAGCUGCUCAUUGACGUUCCGGCCUUCUCGGCGCUCCUCGAACGCAGCGAGACGCUUGCGUGGACGCCGGUCGAGACGCGCGACAAGGCGAGUAACGUCGCGAAUGUGCUGCAGUGGGCGCUGAGCUGGAACCGGUACUCGGAGCGCAUUGGCGCCGAAGCCCAAGCGCUCGGUGCGUGGCGGAAGCUCGUCGAAGUCGCCGCGUUGCAGUACGCGGCGCCGGUGGCCGCGCUGCACCGGACGCUCGACGCCGUCUUUUCGACGCUGCAGACACCCGGCCUCGUCGCGCACUUGGUCGAAUUGGCGGCGACCGUGACGGUCGCGAUGAGCUUCCAGCUGCGCGGCGCCAUGUCUGACAAGGCGCCGCUCUCGGCGCCCCAACGUCGUCUUCUCCUCGAGCGCUGCACCAAGGCGAUCCAGAGCACGACGACGACAAGUGGCAACCCGGCCGCGGGCCGCCGCGCGCGCUCGAGCCUGUACACGAGCUACCUUCACGUACUGCGGUACCUCGAGGCGCAUGCAUCGAGCUCGUCGACGGGGCAGCUGGACGUCUUGACGUCGUCGGCACCGAGUGCAACCGCGGUCGUCGUCGACGCGCCGUUUGUGGCGCUCGUGUGCCGUGACGCGACCGACGUCACCGUGCCGCUGACGAUGGGUCUCGCGAUGAACAUUCUCGAGAGCUUGCCGUCGUCGAGCGUCUUGCCGUUGCUCCAGCACCAGGUGCCGCACCUCUGCGGCCUCUUCAAGAAGGACGUGCAAGCGUCGACGCUUGUGCUCCCGUCUGUGCUCUCGCUCUGGACGCAAAUGGCCGGCACGAAGGACGGGGCGCUGGCACUCCUCCAAGGCGGCGCGCUGCGUGCGCUCAUGACGAUGGACCUUCCGUCGCGACCCGUCAAGCCCCACAACGGCCCGCUCGACGCGUAUUUGGCGGCGGACCAAGCCUUUUACGACCAGUGGCUGCCCGUGCUGCGUCUCCUGGCGGCGCUGGCGGCGUCGUUGCCGCAGCACACGGAGCUCAUGGAGCUCCUCGUGCAGUCGGUGGGCUUCCACUGGAAGCGCGUCGCGUCAAGCGUCAAGCUGCUCGAGGCGUCGAUCUCGCUCAACCACGUGACGGAGCUGUCGCUGUUGACCUUCUUGCUCAAGACGCUCGCGGCGUUCCCGUCGCUGCUCGAGUCGGGGCUCGGCGCGGCCAAGGUGCACAAGCUCACGCAGCGACUGCUCGCGCUGCUCCCGUUCUUUGGCCUCCACGUGCUCCACGGCGGGUGGUGGAGCACGCUGGCGCCGCGCACGCUCUCGGAGCAAGAGCGCAGCGAGAUCCUCGUCGAUGGCAAGUGGAGCCUCUUUGCGCAGAGUGCGCUGUAUGCGUCGCGCCUGACGCUGUGCCACACGAUGGCGUUCUGCCGCCUCCGCCUCCAAGGCGCCGAGAAAACCUUGUUUGCGAACGACGAGUGGAACGUCUGGAAGCGGCUGCUGGAGGCGUGGAAGGCCGCCCUCUUCGUCGACGAGCAUGCGACGUGCGACGCGGGCUUUCACAAGGAGACGAUGGUCUUCCUUCUCGAGCACAUUGUCGCGCUCCUCACGCUCCAUGCGCUCCAGUACGAGAACGGCGCGCAAGCCAAGUCGAUUUUAACGCUGCUGGGCACCGAUUUCGAGAAUUACGCGUUCGUGCACGUGCUGAGCCGCAAGCUGCGCGAAGUGAGCCACGAGCAGCCGUAA